AUGCUCUAAAUGCUGGUGGAAAGAAGGAAGAUGUACAUGAAGUGAGGAUUCCUGAGUUUUUGCAAUGGUCAGACUAUCCAUUUAUUGCCACACAUUCCACAACUCGGAGUUGCUAUGAAGGCAGGGGCCUCGUCCAUGUGGGCUUCAUGCUGUGGUCUGCUGAAUGAAGUCAUGGGCACAGGGGCAGUGAGAGGCCAGCAGCCCGGGUUCGGAGCCAGUGCUGGACCCUUCCGGUUUGCCCCCAGCGCAGGAUACUCCACAUACCCGCCCACAACCUCAGGGAGCCCCAGCCUUGUAUGUAAGGCCUGUGGCCAGGCAUUCUCGGUCUUCAGGAGGAAGUAUAUCUGCUGCGACUGUAAGAAGAGCUUCUGCACGCUGUGCUCCAUGCUUCAGGAGAACUUGCGUAUAUGUGCCACAUGUCACCUGCUGAAGGGGACAGCCUUCCAGAGACCACAGCUGAUGCGGCUGAGGGUCAGAGACCUGCGGCAGUACCUGCUGCUACGCAACGUCCCCACAGACACAUGCAGGGAGAAGGAGGAUCUGGUGGAACUGGUGCUGUGUCACCAGGGGACCGAAAGGGAGGGGGACCCCGACAUGGCUAGCUUCACCUCCCGCUCCCUCUACACCCCGCCCCCUUCCACCACACGCUCCGCCUCCGAGCUGUCUACUCUCUCUGCCUCUCAGGGGGAAGCGCUCAGCAGGAGCGACAGCUCAGGGUCUACCAACCAGGAUAUAGGAGACGCUACAUCUCUCUCCACCCUGAACCUGGAACCCAGUGAACACACACCAGAGGUGAUCCCUCAGACGGGGCAGCGAGCACGGGCCUCUCUCUCAGACAUCUCUUGCCUGAGGGACAUCGAGGGUCUGUCCGUCAGACAACUAAAGGAGAUCCUGGCCAGGAAUUUUGUCAACUAUUCAGGCUGCUGCGAGAAGUGGGAGCUGGUAGAGCGCGUCAGCCACUUGUACAGAGAGACAGAGGAGAACAGGAAGUCAUUGGAAAACGUGAACACAGCUGUAACUUCAGUGGUGGCCUUGCCCCUUCCUCCCAUCUGCAUUGAAGGGAUUGGAGGUAAGGUAUCUGAAAAAGAUCGGGAGAAGGCCCAGCUGACCAACCUGGAUAACAGCCUGUGUAGGAUCUGCAUGGAUGCUGCGAUUGACUGCGUCCUUCUGGAGUGUGGUCACAUGGUCACCUGCACCAAGUGUGGUAAGCGGAUGAGCGAGUGUCCCAUCUGCAGGCAGUACGUUGUGAGAGCUGUGCACGUCUUCAAGUCCUAAUGUCUGAACCCAUCACCACCGUCUCAGAACAUCUUCAACAAAACAUUCAUCUCCAGAGAAACGGAAAUCUGUUCCGUCACAGUCCAUACUGGGAGACUGCCUCCAUGCUCUCACCACCAGUACUUCUUGUUGUGGGUGUUCAUGUUUUCAUGUUUUCAAACGCUUACAUUAUUUGCACACUUAAACGUGACUAUUAAAAAUGCAGUGUUCUCUU